AUGUCGCUGCCGGCGUCGCAGUACAGCACGCUGGACGGAGAGUCGGUCGAACGCGUGAGCGAUGAUACGUUCAAGGUGGAACUGAGCGAGUUGGCGUUUUUGGGGUUGUCGUUACGGCCGAGAUUGAAGGCGAAGGUGCGAGUGCGAGACGACGGGAGCGGGUGCGAGGUGCGCGUGGAGGAUAUGGAGUUGACGGGGAGCGGAGUAGUGGAAUACGCGAGCGAUGCGUUUGAGAUUGUGAGUGUGAACAACGUCACGUGGUGCGACGUCGAAAGCGAGGCGUUGAGCGCGGAGGAACGCGCGGUGGUGGAGUCGCGGGGCGGGGAGUAUAAGGAGUUGACGAGCGAGACGAGCGUGCGGGUGUACAUCAUCGUACCGGGGUGGUUUCCGUUCACGAUCAAGUCCACCGAGCGCACGGGGCGGUUCGUGGUGAACCAGGUCGUCGCGCAGGUGGUGCCGAGAUUUUUAAAUCAGCUCGCGGAGGAUUACGGGACGUGGUCGCGCGGCGACGAUUCGCGAACGGCGAGCGCGAAAGGGAUGUUUGAUUGCGACGUCGACGACUCCGCGCAGGAGUGCGAGGCGGUGUAA